AUGCCCGUCACCGUCAGCAAACCCCGAAAAGCGAAGCAACAGCCUCCCCAAGACAUUAUUGAUGAGUUUUGGACGAAAUUCACCACCAAGACCCCUGGUAAAGCGACCACUGUCAUCCCUCAGAACGAAUACGCCGAGAAAGUCGCCCGACGAUCGGCUGCAGCUACCGGAGUAUGCACCCAGACAUCAUAUGACGAGGCUGCGGCAGUGUGCAAAACCAAGGUUGACAAGAUCGUCCAAGAGUGUCGGAGAGUAAAUCAGAAGUACCGGGAUCCUCAUUUCGACCUCGAGUUCGAUCUUAAGUUUGGCAGACGGGAUUGCCUGGAGUCCCUCUGGAAUACCAAGAACAAGGAGCCCUCCCCGUCAUCGUUCGCACCGAAGGCUGUGAAGCGCGUUGUUGACAUCUUCGACAGCCCUCAAUUCUACAUCGAUGGCCCUACCGCUAACGACGUGCGCCAAGGUAGAGAUGGAGACUGCUGGCUAAUGGCUGCGCUGUGCAAUCUUAGCAAUAAAUCUGGCCUGAUCGAGAAAGUUUGUGUUGCCCAUGACCAAGACGUCGGCGUCUAUGGCUUUGUGUUCCAUAGGGACGGUGAGUGGUUCAGCGAAAUCAUUGACGAUAAGUUGUAUCUCACAAAACCCGACUACGACGAAGGCUAUCUUGAACGUAUUCUCUGGGAGGAUCGAGAACGUGUCAACUCAGAAGAGGCCUAUCGACGGAUCUACCAGUCAAACAGCGGGGCUCUUUACUUUGCUCAGUGCGAGAACCCAAACGAAACUUGGCUGCCACUUCUCGAGAAAGCAUAUGCUAAAGCACACGGAGAUUAUGCCUGCAUCGAAGGGGGUUUCACCGGCGAGGCUAUUGAGGACCUUACCGGCGGUGUAACUUCAGAGAUCUAUACCACCGAUAUCCUAGACAAGGAGUACUUCUGGAAAGAGAAACUCCUCAGAGUCAACGAAUCCUGGUUGCUUGGAUGCUCUACUGGAUUCGCUUCCAAAGGAUGGGGCGAACGCAAGGGCAUCAUUGAAAUGCAUGCUUAUAGCGUCAUGAAAGCUGUCGAGAUGGACAACCAACGACUUGUUCUACUCAAGAACCCUUGGGGAAAGGGGGAAUGGAAGGGUGCUUGGAGCGAUGGCUCUUCACAGUGGACGCCUGAGUGGCUCCAGAAGCUCAAUCACAAGUUUGGGGAUGAUGGAGCUUUCUGGAUUUCGUACCAAGACCUGCUCAAGAAGUACAACAUUUUCGACGUGACACGUUUGUUUGGACCCGAGUGGAAGGUAACGUCCAUUUGGACGACGUUCUCAGUACCGUGGACCCUUGACUACCACGAUACUCAUUUCGCCUUUGAGCUUUCCAAGCCUACUUCUGUGGUUCUGGUUCUGGCAAAUCUCGACGAACGAUACUUCAAAGGCCUGGAAGGCCAGUAUAGGUUUGACCUGCAAUUCCGUCUGCACAUAGCCGGCCAGGAGGACUAUGUCGUACGGAGCCCAGCAUCUUACCGCAUGAAUCGAUCCGUCAACGUGGAGCUAGACCUCGAAGCCGGUAGUUACGAAGUUUACGUCAGAAUUGACGCAGUACGGAAUGACAGUAUUUUGUCGAUUGAGCAGGUCAUCAGAAACAAUGCCAAAAGUCGCCGCGAGAAGUUGACUCGCAUUGGGCUGGCUUACGACCUUGCCCAUAGCAAGGGGAGAGUUGUCGAGUCAGCUGAGCUAAAGGUAGCACGAGAAGCCCACGAGAACAAGCAGCGGGAGAAGAAGCGCGCCGAGAUCAGGAGCAAAAUCCAAGAAGAGCGCGAGCAGGAGCAUUACCUGCGCGUCAAGGCCGCAAAGCGGGACAAGAAACAGAUGGCGAAGCGGCACGCGAGACAUAAAGCCAGGGCAGAAAAGAGAAAGGCCACACAAGCAAAGACCCGAUACGACACAAACGAUCGCCCUGGACCCGAGAAAUCAGCGCAGACCCCCGAGAAAUUCAAAUCGUCUCCCAAAAAGCACGUCCAGAUUCAGGAACUGGAAGUUCAGACCAAAGACUUAAACAUCUCUGAACGAGACAAACAAACUGCAAGCAGCGGUGCUAGCAAUAAGCAUGCAGCCUCACCGAAGACGUUGUCGGACUCUGGACCUGUCGGAGAUGUUACGCGACCAUUUGAGGCGACUCCAAGUGGGAUCUUGGGGGGAUCUUCGGACAACCGCGGUCUGGCUGGGCUGCAUCCCGCGAAAGCUAGGGAAACUCCAAUCGUGGACAUCCGCCGAGAAGCCGCCAAUACAACGAAUGAAAGCCGGCAAGCCACGCCCCAGAGAAGCGAAGACACCCAAAGCGAUCCAUCAGCCCCGUCGGAAAAUUCCGACGCGUUCGGUGUGAUGCUUUGUGAAUCCGAUGACGACUUGUCGAGCAUCUCCUCCCUUUCCGACUUAUCCGAGCGAGAGCUCGACAUCAGGAUCGAAGACUUCAAGUCGCGGGAGAACAGCCCUGGACGCCUGCCGCCGCCAUCGAACCCUUCGAAUCUCCUAGAUGACCAGGAUGAAUUUGAGAGAGACCCGUGGAACGCCGUUGCCGUGGUAGGACUCCGAGUGUAUCACAAGGUACUUGAAGACGAUGAAAACGAGGUCAUUGUCAAGUUACGCGUUGUGCCACCUAAUCCAUUUGCAGAAGAGGAGGUGAUAGCCAAGGAUGCCGACUCCAGCAAGAAGAAACCAAAGGGGCUAGACGUUGACGACAGUGCCAAGGAUGCUACGCUGGAGGGUGAAAUACAGCAGAGGAAAAAGAGCAUUGCACCCAGCGGCGAUGAUCUUUGA